GUCACACAACGGCACUGAAGCAGCCUUGCUUGAAGCAAGCUCCCUUUGACCUAAGACUUUGAGGGAAACAAGAAAGUCACGCUGGAGACCGAAAUGGACAGCCUCUUGAUGAAGCAAAAGAAGUUUCUUUACCACUUCAAAAAUGUCCGCUGGGCUAAGGGUCGGCACGAGACCUACCUGUGCUAUGUGGUGAAGAGGAGAGAUAGUGCCACCUCCUUCUCACUGGACUUUGGCCACCUUCGCAACAAGUCGGGCUGCCACGUGGAAUUGUUGUUCCUACGCUACAUCUCGGACUGGGACCUGGACCCCGGCCGGUGUUACCGUGUCACCUGGUUCACUUCCUGGAGCCCCUGCUACGACUGUGCGCGGCACGUGGCUGAGUUUCUGAGAUGGAACCCUAACCUCAGCCUGAGGAUUUUCACCGCGCGCCUCUACUUCUGCGAAGACCGCAAGGCUGAGCCUGAGGGGCUGCGGAGGCUGCACCGCGCCGGAGUCCAGAUCGGGAUCAUGACCUUCAAAGACUAUUUUUACUGCUGGAAUACAUUUGUAGAAAAUCAUGAAAGAACUUUCAAAGCCUGGGAAGGGCUGCAUGAAAACUCCGUCAGGCUAACCAGACAGCUUCGGCGCAUCCUUUUGCCCUUGUAUGAAGUCGAUGACUUGAGAGAUGCGUUUCGUAUUUUGGGACUUUGAUAGCAACCUCCUGGAACGUCACGUGUAGUGAAAUUUCUCUGCUGAAGAGACUGGAUGAAAAAACAAUCCUUCAACUACCCGUUUUUCUUCCUAAGUACUCACUUAUAAGUGUAGAGGGGAAAUUAUAUGACUUUUAAAAAUACUUGAGCUGCAUAGGCCCUCCAGAGCGAUGGUGCAAACUGUGCUUUGUGUACAACAUCGCCAUCUACUGGGGAACAGCAGAACUGCUAGACUUUGGAUCACAUAUGAUGCUCUCUCGGACUUUUCAACAGGAUGGAAACGGAAGGAAAUUGCUUAGAAAAACAUAUGGAGACGAUCUCACAGUUUGUUACACCUACCCUAUGUUCUUUUAUUCAUUUGAAUUCUCAGGGGUAUCAGUGACGGAUUUUUCUACUCUUUUCUUCUGGGGCUCACUUUCAGGGGUUCUCUUCUGACGAGGCCACGGGGCUGUCCUAUAGUCGCGGUCUGAGCCAUCACAAGUCAUUCUCUCAAAAGCAUUAAUAUGCAGGCAUGUGCUAUAUAUUGCUAUAUAUUUUCAUUGUCCGUCCUGUUUUUUAUAUUCGUACGUGAGAGGGUUUGGG